CAUCUUCUCCAAUAUGGAAUAUAGGAAUCUUGGGCUUAAUUUUCUCUUGUGGGCUUCUCAUGGUCAUCAUGGACCUUUCCACCUUUGUUUCAACUCUCUUCUCUUUAGCCCUAGUGGCCUUGAUCAUACGCCAAUGGCUCAUCGGAGUUUCAAUGAGGAGGAGUAGAAUCCUUCCACCAGGCCCACCAAGGUGGCCCAUAGUUGGAAACCUCUUCCAAUUGGGCCAACUCCCCCACAGGGACCUAGCCUCCUUUUGCAACAAAUAUGGCCCAUUAGUCUACCUUCGCCUUGGUACCGUCGAUGCCAUCACCACCAACGACCCGGACAUCAUCCGUGAAAUUCUUGUCCGAAAAGAUGACAUCUUUGCCUCUCGACCACGGACCCUUGCCGCCAUCCAUUUGGCAUAUGGGUGCGGCGAUGUUGCCUUGGCUCCAUUGGGCCCACAUUGGAAAAGAAUGAGAAGGAUCUGCAUGGAACACCUACUAACAACAAAGCGGCUUGAGUCGUUUGUGAAUCAUCGGGCCCAUGAGGCACAAUACCUAGUCCAAGAUGUAUGGACCCGAGCCCGAACCCGAAAUCCCAUUAACUUGAGGGAGGUUUUGGGGGCAUUUUCAAUGAAUAAUGUGACUAGGAUGUUGCUUGGGAAGCAAUACUUUGGGGUGGAGUCAGCAGGCCCACAAGAGGCCCAUGAGUUCAUGCACAUAACCCAUGAGCUAUUUUGGCUAUUGGGCUUUAUAUAUUUGGGUGAUUAUCUUCCAAUAUGGAGGUGGGUGGACUUGUUUUAUGGAUGUGAGAAGAAGAUGAGAGAAGUGGAGAAGAGGGUCGAUGAGUUUCACAUGAAGAUCAUUGAAGAACAUAGAAGAAUGAGAGAGGAGAAGAAGAAAAAUGGGGUUGGAGGAAAUGAAGAUGGUGGAGAGAUGGAUUUUGUGGAUGUUUUGUUGUCUUUGCCUGGUGAAAAUGGAAAACGCCACAUGGAUGAUGUGGAGAUCAAGGCUCUAAUGCAGGACAUGAUAGCUGCGGCAACAGAUACAUCCGCUGUGACCAACGAAUGGGCGAUGGCGGAAGUGAUCAAGCAUCCGCGUGUCCUCCGCAAGAUCCAAGAUGAGCUCGAUUCGGUUGUGGGCCCGCACCGAAUGGUCUCUGAAUCAGACCUUCCCCACCUUAACUAUCUGCGCUGCGUCGUACGCGAGACCUUCCGCAUGCAUCCUGCUGGACCGUUCCUCAUCCCACACGAGUCCACACGCGCCACCACCAUCAACGGCUACUACAUUCCCGCGAAGACACGUGUCUUCAUCAACACUCAUGGGCUGGGCCGAAACACUUCGCUAUGGCCCGAUGUCGAGGAGUUUCGGCCAGAGAGGCACUGGCCCGCUGACGGGAGCCGAGUCGAGAUAAGCCACGGAGCCGAUUUCAAGAUUCUGCCUUUCAGUGCCGGGAAGAGAAAGUGUCCCGGCGCGCCGCUCGGUGUGACGCUGGUUUUGAUGGCAUUGGCUAGGCUCUUGCACUGUUUUGAUUGGGCCCCGCCUGAUGGGCUUCGGCCCGAAGAUAUUGAUACUAGAGAAGUUUAUGGAAUGACAAUGCCCAAGGCCCAGCCCUUGAUGGCCAUAGCAAGCCCUCGACUGGCGGCCCAUAUGUACAAAUGAUUAUAUGCCUUUCAUAUUUUUUGUAUUUUGAACUUAUCAUCGAAAAAUGGCUAUCUUUUUUAUUUUAA